AUGGGGUUACAGCACCGCCGCAAAGCGAGGCGCCACGCGUCCCAGGAGCAGUUUCUGGAGGUGGCCCGAGGCCAGAGGUCCCCGUGCAGCCUCACCUUUGGCCAAGUCGCCUGUGCCCAGGCAAUUUGGCUCCAGGACCUUCAGGAUGAUUUCCUCAUUUCUUUGUAUUCCUGCCUGGCCUCUAAACCUCCCACAGCUUUGGAUCCAGAAUUUUCCAUCCUGUUCUUUUCCAAAUAUGAUGCCAAGAAACUUUUGGCCUCCCUGACCCUGUUCAGCCAGAGGUUUUCCCACAUUCCCCUUUCCCUGGAGUGGAGCCUGAUUUUCAUCAAUGGUUUAUGGGAGAGGCUGCUCCAAGUGCCUGGAAUUGGGACCCCCCCGGUGCUGUUCCAGUGGCUCCACGAGGGGUUGGAGCCUUUCCUGGUGCAUCCUGAGAUUUUUGGCUGCCUCCGUGCCAAGGGUGUGUCCUGUGAGGAAUUCCAGCUGCUAGUGGCUGCCCUGGAUGGAAUCUAUUCCCAACUUUCUGUGGAAGAGCAGAGGAAUAUUUACACUGGGAUCAAAUAUUUCCUCACCCACGAUGAAUCCCGGCAGAAAUGUUACAGUGAGGCCAUUCCCAGCCUGAAUUCCACUGCCUGGUUUGGGAAUUACCUGGGAUCUUUUCUGGAGCACGCCCCCGUGGAGGACCUGCAGCUUUUUGGGGAUGAAGCAACACUCAGGAAAUUUGCCAGGGAUGCAGAGAACGUGGAGCUGGUUGGGAAUCUCACCCUGCUCAGGGACACUGCCCAGUUCUUCAGCCAGCAGCUGCUGAGCCCUGCCCUGCCCCUGCCCAGCCUCCCAGGCAAAUUGAUUUGUUACCUGAGCCCCGGGGCGGUGACAAACCUGAGCACGGAGCAGAUUUUGGAAGUGGCGCAGAGGCUGGGGAGGAGCUGCCCCUGGAGCAGGGACAGGGCUGCAGGCAGAGCUCGCUCCUCCCUGCCAUGGCAGGGGCUGCAGGUCGCCUCGUCCCUGGUGAGGAAUUUGGAGGAUUUGUCCCCAGCAGUGCUGGCAGCUUUGGGCCAGGCUGCCCUGGGGAUCCCGGUGUCCAGAAUCCAGAGCAGCAUCCCCGGGGAGAGCCUGGAAUCGGCUCUGCCCGCCCUGGCCAGGGUGCGGGGCUGGAGCCCUGAGCAGUCCAGAGCCAUUGGCAACAAACUGCUGAGCUCUGGCUACCAGAUCCUGGAUGGACAGAGCCUGGCAGAGCUGGGCACUUUGGUGGGUGGCCUCAACAGCAGCACGCUCUGGAGUUUGUCCCCAGAAAUUGUCCUGGAGGCCAUCCAGCUGCCAGGCUUUGCCCAGCACGUGGACACUCUGCCCCCUGCUCUGAAAACCAUCCUGGUGGAAAAGGUUUCCUCCAGUGUUGGCCACCCCUCUGAGCUGGUUAAACUCAUUCCCAAUGCUCUGGCCAGCUCCAUCCCCAAAUCCCUGCUUGUUUUUGGGGAAGAGAAGCCGAAUGUGCAGGAUCUCAACGAUAAACCCUGGACCAGAGACCAGGCUGCAAUGUUUUUUGCUGACGUGGUGAAGGCAGAGCCUGACUUCAACAGGCUCUCCCAGUCUGUCCUGCAGGGUUUUACCUGUGCAGCUGCCAGCGCUGUGGGAGCUGAAAGGUUUCAGGAGUUGGCCAAGGUGAUGAGGAAGAAGAAGGUCAGGCUGGGCCAGGACCAGCUGAGCUGUUUGCUGAGGAUGGUGACACUGCACGGCAUUCCCAAGGAUUUGGACAAUUAUCCCAAAGAACUUUUGCUGUUUUUAAGCCCCUCAGACUAUGCAGCCACAGGGAGCUGCAGGCAAUUCUUCACCAAUGUUGGGGAGGCAAACGAGGAUGUCCUGCCCAGAGAGGACCCUCGGAGGCAGCAGCUGCUCCUGGAGGCUCUGGAAUGUCUGAAUGCUUUAACCACCUGGCUGAGGAAUUUUGCCUGGGAUUCUCCCCUGUCCAGGGAGGAGCUGGCCACCAUCCUCGGAGAGCUCCAGCCCCGCCGACACAAGAGAGAGGAGAGGAAGUUGGGAAUUCCCAUCCCUGGAAGUGUCCAAGGAUCUCUCUACAUCCUGAAAGGUGGCUGUGCUCACCUGGGGUAUCCCCAUGGUUAUCCCGAAAAUCUGCUCUCCAACCUGGGAGAUCUCCUUUCCUUCAUCACCCCAGAGGAAAUUUCCACCUGGAAAAUGAGCUCAGCUGACACUUUGGCUGCCUUCCUGAAAAAUAAACCUUCAGAUGACCUGGCCUCAGCAGCCAUUAAACGCUACGUGGAGCUGGGCAAUGCCCUGAAUGCCACAGCCCUGGAUGCCAUUGGCACCAGCUACCUGUGCCUGCUGAAUGCCACUGACCUGGAGAGCAUCGAGCCCUCCAGCCUCAGACUGGCAUCUCUGGAUCCUUCAAACUGUUCACAGGAGAUGAAGGACAUCUUGUAUCAGAAAGCCAAAAAAGCUUUUUCUGACCAGCACCGUUUACCUGCUUACUAUGAGCUGAUUUUACCUUACCUGGAGGGGGCUCCUGCUGCAGAUCUCAAGGCUCUCAGCAAGGAUGAUGUGAACAUGAACAUGACCACGUUUGUGGCUUUGAGAAGAGACUCUCUGAUGCUCUUGACACCCAGUGAGGUCCAGGGGCUGCUGGGGAUCAACCUCCCAGAGCUGGCCCAGUGGCAGAACAGGGCUCCAGUCCGGGACUGGAUCGUGCAGCAGAAACAAUCAGAGCUGGACCAGCUCCACAUCGGGCUCACGGGGGGCACACAGGAGGGCUACAUCAACCUCGUCACCCCCAAAUUCCCAGGUACCUUUGGGGCCCUGGUGGUCGGGUUUUAA